GUAGGGGUAAAUCACUCGGGGAGAGACAGUUCAUGGAGAAUCAGUAAUAGUUUCCACAGAGGAAGUAGCAAAGCCAACAACUGAUUACGAAAGGGAGACUCAACAGCAACGUUUUACACUUUCUGAGUUUAGUGAACACACAGGGAGCCAUCAUGAAGCUGAAGCUGCCAAACCCAGGACUGGAUGACCGAAUCCCCUCUUACGGGGACCUGGAGAAGAUGGAGAAGGAGGAGGCAGGGGACAGGCCAAAAUGGGACAACAAAGCCCAGUAUAUGCUCACCUGUGUGGGCUUUUGCGUGGGACUCGGCAAUGUCUGGAGGUUCCCUUACCUGUGUCAAAGCCAUGGAGGAGGCGCGUUUAUGAUCCCAUUCCUCAUCCUGCUCGUCCUGGAGGGAAUCCCACUGCUGCACCUGGAGUUUGCCAUCGGUCAGCGCCUGAGAAAGGGCAGCGUGGGAGUAUGGAGCUCUAUCAGCCCAUAUUUGACUGGAAUUGGUAUUGCAUCCCUGCUUGUCUCAUUUUUGGUGGGUUUGUACUACAACACCAUCAUGGCCUGGAUCAUGUGGUAUCUCUUCAACUCCUUUCAAGAUCCUCUGCCUUGGAGUCAAUGUCCUCUCAAUGCUAACAGGACAGGUCUGGUUGAGGAGUGUGCUCGGAGCAGCACUGUCGACUACUUCUGGUACAGAGAGACUCUAAACACUUCAACAGCUAUUGAUGAGUCUGGCGGUCCACAGUGGUGGAUAGCGCUAUCCCUGCUGGCUGCCUGGACUUUGCUGUAUGUCUGCUGCAUCCGAGGCAUUGAGACCACUGGAAAGGCUGUGUACGUCACCUCCACUCUGCCAUACGUGGUCCUCACCAUCUUCCUCAUCAGAGGACUGACUCUGAAAGGAUCCGUAGAGGGAAUCAAGUUCCUGUUCACACCAGAUGUAAAUGAGUUAAUGAAUCCAGCAACCUGGUUGGAUGCAGGCGCUCAAGUUUUCUACUCCUUCUCUGUGGCCUUUGGAGGUCUCAUCUCUUUCUCCAGUUACAACUCUGUUCACAACAACUGCGAGCAGGAUGCUGUUAUCAUCUCCAUAAUCAAUGGCUUCACCUCAGUGUUCUCCGCGACAGUUAUCUAUACCAUCAUCGGCUUCAGGGCCACGCAAAACUUUGACGACUGCACAGCUGACAACAUCUGGAAGCUGAUGAAUGCCUUUAACUACCCUGAAAACAACAUCACAGAAAACAACUACAUUGAGGUUCUGUCGCACCACAACCAGACAAAUCCAGAUAUCAUUCAAGGAUUGCAAUUACAGACCUGUGACCUUCAGGUGUUCCUCAGUCAGGGUGUGGAGGGAACAGGUCUAGCCUUCAUCGUGUUCACAGAGGCCAUCAUCAAUAUGCCGAUUUCUCCUUUGUGGGCGGUUCUCUUCUUCGUCAUGCUCUUCUGUCUCGGCCUCUCAACUAUGUUCGGGAACAUAGAGGGAGUGGUGGUUCCUUUGCAGGACCUCCAAUUGCUGCCCCAAAGUUGGCCCAAAGAAGUUCUCUGUGGUCUGACUUGCAUAAUCUCCCUCGCUCUUGGGCUCAUCUUUUCCCUUCGCUCUGGAAACUACUGGCUAGCUCUUUUUGACAACUUUGCUGGCUCUAUCCCUCUUCUGGUCAUUGGCUUUUGUGAAAUGUUCGCUGUUAUGUACAUCUAUGGUGUGGAUAGGUUUAACGAGGACAUCGAGUUUAUGAUCGGCCACAAGCCCAAUAUUUUCUGGCAGGUGACGUGGAGGUUUAUCAGUCCACUGAUUAUGGUCGUCAUCUUGGUUUUCUACUUUGUAACCCAAGUCACCAAGAGUCUCACCUAUUUGGUGUGGGACCAGGAGGCGGAGAACUUUCCCACCCUUGAACCACGUCUGUUUCCGUCCUGGAUCUACAUCAUCAUCUUCAUUCUGGCUGGAAUUCCCUGUUUAGCCAUCCCAGUGGUCGCCCUUUACAAUUUCAUCCAGAGGAAAUGCUACAAUCAGAAGGACUACAGUGACGACACAUUGGACACUAUCUCUGCCAAAAUGAAGUUCUAGAUAGCUUUUUACUUUAUUUAAAAACAAAAUAUUUUCAGCAAAAUUGAUAUUGUCUUUUUUAUUAUGGUGUUUUGUAUGCCUUAUACAAUAACAGAAGAGCACACUACUGACUUUUAUCUGAGAGAAGUAGAGGUAAAUUGGAAAAUAUCUUCUGUAAAAUGAUGUCAUUCUGAAGAAUAGAUUAAUUGGUGCUUGUUUUUCAUACAAUUGUGAUAUUAGUUUCUUGCUGUGUCGCAGUUUACAUGUAAGUAUAUGUUGCACAUUAAAUGAUGAUGGGAAAUGAUCCAUCGCAGUCUUAUGCUUGUGCACUAAAUAUAAAACUAGAGCUAGCAGCCAAUUAGCUUAGCUUACCAUAAAGGAUGAAAACAAAGGAAAAAUGUCGAAAAAUAAAAGUAACAACAACAAAAAAACGCCUACUAGCACCUCUAAAGCUCAAUAAUUACCAUGUCAUCUCUCCUUUCUCUCAUCCGUACAAAAAUAGAAGUCUCUUAUUACCAAGCAAAAAUUACUGUUUGCUGUAGCUAUUUAUAUUGUUCACAUAUAUGAGAGUGCACUUUUGUGUGUUGCGUAUAUUGUGGAGGGCUAUUGUAAAGUUUAUUUUUAUGUGUAAGUAUAUUACUGCACUCAAACUGCCAUAAACUGUAUAAUCUGUGAAUAACCAUCUCACCAGUUCAGACCUAAGAACAAAAUGAAGUGGUUACUAUCUGAAGAAAUGUAUGCAAUUAAAAUAAAUCAUG